CCAAUACAGGAGGGCAAUAUGAUGACCCCAUUCCUGCUUAACUAUUUACUCUUGGGACUCAGCUCAGGAGAGGUUCAAAAUAGACAUAGACAGUUCGGUCUAUCUGGAGCCCCUGAAAAUGUCCGAGCCCCAGCUGUCCUUGAGACCCUGCUCCCGGAGAAGGAGCAGAACAGUUCUCCGACCCAGGGGAAGAAGAAAUGGCUCCUGCCACCUGCUGGAAGUAUCCGGGGUGGGAACCAGAUAUAUCCCGGAGAUAUAAGGAACCGACCAGCUCUACUCCUUUCAGCCAAACCCUCAACCCCACCUAGGGUUUGGAACGGGGAACCAAGAGUGUCUCAUGAUAACAAAAAAUAUCUUCGCUUCUCUAGAAGUGGUGGAAAAGGAUCUCUGGGCAGUUCAAAAUAUUUGAGAUUUUCGAGAAAAUCUGCGAAAGGUGGAAUCAGGAAAUUCCAAAAGUAUUUGCGGUUCUCAAGAACCCCCAAACGAAAUGGUUUCGGAAACUCCAAGUAUCUCCGAUUUUCUAGAGGGUCCGGGAAAACCCUGUUUGGAAACCCGAAAUACCUGAGGUUUUCCAGAAACUCUCCGGAUAAUCAAGAUCAACAAAAUGACAAGCUGAAAGUCAACCCUGAGAUAAACGGAAAGAUGGAAGAGCUGUGGUCUCAGUUUGACCAGGAGAACAACAUCAAGUCUAGAAACCAAGAGGAAGAAGAUAACGAGGACUACUCGGUUAAGAACGAGAGCGCGGAGUCCCAGUUGGUUGAUCUCUCAGACCAGGACGUAUCUAAACUCUUUGAGUUUCCGGAGCUGGAAUUGCCAAAACUCCUGGAGCAGUAUCAAUUUGGAUCCAAGUUCUCUGACACACAGCAAGAGAGCCAGGAGUUGGAACUUCAUAACUUGAUCUCUUCUCAAAACCCCUAGAUCUCCCAUUUUGAGGUUAAACGGAUGAAACCCAACCAAAUCUGUAAAUCGGGUUUUUAAGAAUCCAAAAUCCUGUAAAUAAAGAUGAGAAAUGUG